UUCCCCCUUGCCCACACUUUGUCUCCAUCACAUCUCUGGCCCUGAUGCCUUUUCCCUGCGGUUCCUUCCCUUUGGUUGAUGUCGUCCUGUGACUGUGCCUCCAACACUGGAAACAGCUGUGCUCUGCCCGGAAUCAUGUUCAUCUAGGUUAGGGCCCCAGACCUUGCCAGGAAAGAAGCAUGGGCCUGGUGGGGAAAGGCACUGAGCUGGGCAUGGCAUCCUCAGCCCGAGAGCCUCUGACCUCACCUUCUGGAUCCCUGGGCCUACGGAUACAGCAGGUCUUUCUGUACGUGCUGCCCUGAGCCAGAGCCCCACCUUCCACUGAGCUGCAGGACACCUUGUACAGUCGAGUCUGGCUGUCACUCCCUUUGCUCAUCUAAAACGCUGACGCUUGUCCAGUGAAGUCAAUAGAGUUGCCUUUCAGGGCAAAGGUUGUGCGUCUGGUCGUAGUGACAGUUCAGUAGGAAGGGCCGUUCAGGAAGGACAGUUCAGUAGUAGGAGCAGGGCUCAGUGCCGUCUAUAAUGUGGUUCCUGUCUAAGGCCCCUCCUCCCUCCAGGACUGGGCUUCUAGUCCUCUAGGCCCUUCUGAUAGUGGGUGCUCGGGUCGGGUGCCUGUCCUCUGGAGGAUGAGGUGUGAGGAGAAGUCUGUAGACCCAGAAGCCUGCAGAGUGUCACUUGGGUGCCUUUACUGACCAGACCACUCUCUGCCUCCUCUGCAGCCCCUAUGCCUAGGCUGAUUAUCGCUACGACCACCACACCACUAUCAACAACAUCACUUCAGAAGACUAAGAUCCAAGUUAGAAAAGCUGUGAGAAAGCAGUCCCUAGUUUACUUUGUGGCAUUCGACGAAUAUGACAGAAACCAGGGCAAUACAUUGGAGCCCACAGAUGCCCCAAAGGAAGAGACUUCAGUCCCCACAGUUGGCACACAGAAGACAACAGUGCCCACAGUUGUCACACAGGAGGCACCAGCACCCAUGGAUGUCACAGAAAAGCCUACCCUUGACUAUCUAUUCCCAUUGUUCGUCCCAACCCUGAUCAUUAUCAUGGUGGUGAUCUGCUGUCUCUGUUGCUGCAGGAAGAAGCCAGAGACAUGUAUACAGACACGUACCCCGGUGAUUGUCCUUUCUUGUAUGUACCAGGAAGACACUAUAAGACGGAUAGAGGGCAAACUGGACACCUUGUGUGACUUUGUGCAAAGCUGCAACCAGAUCCCAUUGAUGUGGUGUCAGCCCAGGAACGCGGGUCGAUGCCUCAACUUUAUCUUAGUGAAUCCCUUCUGCAGGCAGUUGCCCUGUGGCUCAAACAUCUGCCUUACAGCCAGCCAGGAAUGCUUCUCUCUCCAUAACUGCUGCUCAUGGUGCCAACACCCCUCUCCCAUAUGCUCCCAGCCACCCUCCAGGAUGCUGCCACUGCUGCCUCCCCCUGCCCACGUGCUCUCCAGAACUACUUUACCACUCCUAGCCCCAUAGCCCAGCCUCUAAAACCCCCAAGACCCAAGAAUGUUAAGAGCUCUUUGUGUACCAAAUUGGACAUAGAAAUUGAGUCUUGGUUUACGGUCUAAAGGAGUUAAAAUUGUUGCUUAUCAACAGGAGAGUUUGUUACUUUUUGAGCAUUGUGCCAUUGUAGGAAAUGUAUCUAUACUCUUUCUGCCAGGAUAAAGCACCUUGGUAUGUAUGGAUGCAGACGUGGAUGUGCCCCACUCCCCACAGCUUGGUCUUCAUCUGUCAUGAAGGGCUUGGAUGCAUGGGGUCUGAGUCAAAUUUUGUUCUUUGUAAAAAGCCCAAAAUAUCUUUGAAGUGUGAA